AUGGAUGAGGGAAAGAAACAGAGAGAGUAUGAUGAAGUAGAAGAGGAAGAAACAGAUGAUGAAGAAUCUGAGGAGGAAGAAAUGGUGCAUUACUCUGGUGACACGGAGGUUGAGGAACCUUUUGAAAUGGAUGAAGAUGACAAGGUUGUUUCACAGGAUGAAGAAACUGUAAUUGUACAUGAAGAGAAGAAGAAGAAGAAACAGAAGCUUCUAGUUAGGAAAGGGCCUACAACAAGGACACAUUCAAGUGUAGUUCAAGAGGAGGAACCUGAUUUCCAACCUUCAUCUGAUGAAGAACAGAAAGGAUUGUUGAAGGAGGCUGAUGAUGAUGGUUAUGAGCCAUUGGCAUUUGUGCUGCCAAAGAAAAGGAAGAGCAGGGCAAAGCAGAGGCCUCCUAGAAAAUGGUACAAUGAGAAAAUGGAGGCACCACAUGAGCAAUUAUGUCUACAGAUGUGUUUCAAGGAUCAACAUCAAUUCAGAGAGGCUUUGUUGAACUUACACAUCACUCAAGGCAGAAACUUCAAAUAUCAUAGGAACUCAGAUCAAAGAAUAAUUGUAGAAUGCAACCAAAAACAUUGCAACUUCUUUAUGGUGGCAGCAGUUAUAAAAGGUGAAACUACUUUUGUAAUUAAGAAGAUGAGAAUUAAGCACACUUGCCCUAUUAGUACAGAGACAACAAGGGUAAGUGCCAAGUGGCUUGCACAGAAGUAUGAGUCACUGUUCAGAUCUGAUCUAACAACUGGCAUUCAGACUUUGAUUGAUGCCUGCAUGGAGAAGUAUGGUGUGGAUGUGCCCAAGUCAAUGGCAUAUAGGGCAAAGAACCUAGCUAUUGAUGCUGUGCUAGGAGACCACAAGAAGCAAUACCCUAGGUUGAAAGACUAUGCUCAGACAGUGAUGGAUACAAACCCUGGGAGUAGAGUAGUAGUCACUACUGUAACUCCAACACCCACUGAAAAAAUCCCCCAUCCAGGUCCAAGAUUCCAUGCUAUGUUCUAUUGCAUCAAUGGAGCAAGGGAGGGGUUUCUCAAGGGGUGCAGACCAUUCAUUGGUGUUGAUGGGUGCUUCAUUAAGUUAACUACUGGUGCUCAACUACUUGCUGCCACUGGUAGAGAUGGCAACAACAAUAUAUACCCACUAGCAUUUGGUAUUGUUGGGCAAGAGGACACACCUAACUGGUGUUGGUUUCUACACCAACUUAAAAUCUGCCUAGGAGGAGAAGUGGGAAGGUUUGGUCCAUAUACAAUAAUGUCAGAUAGACAAAAGGGCCUACUAAAUGCAGUGAAUGUUGUCUUUCCUAAGUGCAACCAAAGGUUCUGCCUUAGGCAUAUCUAUGCAAACUUCCAAAAUGCUGGGUUUAGGGGGGGAGAUCUGAAAAAGUGUAUGGAUAAUGCUGCCUAUGCAUAUAGUGAACACAAAUUUAACAUUGCAAUGAAUGACCUUAGAGCUGAGUGUGAGCAAGCUUGGGAGUGGCUUUGUCAAAUACCCAAGAAAACAUGGGCAAGGCAUGCAUUUGACACAAACUGCAAGACUGACCUUGUAGUUAACAAUUUAUCUGAGGUGUUCAACAAGUAUGUCCUAGAUGUUAGGAAGAAACCAAUUAGGACAAUGUGUGAUGGAAUAAAGGAUAAGCAGAUGGUGAGGUGGCAUAGGAAUAGGGAGAGUGGAAAGAAAGCUAGAUGGGACAUAACACCCCAUUAUAGUGAGAAGCUAGAGGUUGAGAAGGAGAGGGCCAAAUAUUGCAAACCAAUUCAAGCUGGUGUGGACUUGUGGCAAGUUACAAGUGGGCAGCAAACCCAUGCUGUUAACUUGCAAAUGCACACAUGUGGGUGCAGAAAAUGGGACCUAAGUGGCAUCCCAUGUAACCAUGCCAUCUCAGCAAUAAACAAGGCCAAAAGAAAACCAGAGGAUUAUGUCAGCAAGUUCUUCAAGAAAGAAAUUUAUCUGGCAGCUUAUGAACCAAUGAUCUAUCCAGUUCCUGGUGAGCAUGACUGGACAAGGACACCUGGUCCAGACAUUGACCCACCUGCAUUUAAAGUGAAGAGAGGAAGAAAGAAAGAGAAGAGGAUCAAGGGGAAAUUUGAAGUCCCAAAGCCUAAGGGGACAUCAAGAAUGGGGACUAUAACAUGUGGCAACUGUGGACUGCAAGGACAUAGGUACACAAACUGCAACAAGCAGUUGAAGCCUGAGCUGGCUUUGAGGAAGAACAAACAUGUGCUGGAACAGGAGCUGGGAGAGGAGCUGGGAGAGGAGCUGGGAGAGGAGCUGGGAGAGGGGCUGCAGCUGCAGCUGCUGGGACUGGUGCUGCUAGAGGUGCUGGUAGAGGUGCUGCACCAGGUGCUGGGAGAGGUGCUGGGAGAGGGAGAGAGUAACUCUGUUGCUGGAUAUAUUGCUGGAUAUAUUGUUGUUUACAUUGUUGGAUAUGUUGUUAAGGUCUAG